GCUUUAAUAAUUAUUUUAACGUCAUUAACAUCGGUUAUAUGUGUUAUUGGUGCAUUAGGAAAUGCAUUAGUGGUGGUUGUAAUCUAUCGUAUUAAUUUAAUGCAUAAAGGCGCAAGUAUAUUAAUGGCCUCUCUGGCAAUUAUUGACUUUUUAAUUAUGAUCUUUAACUUUCCACUAUGGUUAACUGUAUUAUUACAAUCAAGAUGGACAUUAGGAUCUUCAUUUUGUACAUUUACAGCAUUUUCCAAUACGUUCUUAUCUUUUAAUUCGGCUUUAUUUGUUGCAGUUAUUAGCAUAGAUCGCUGCUACGCUGUCUCCUUGCCUCUCAAAUAUGAGAGAAAAAUAACCCCAUCCAUUAUUUUCGCUGUUAUUGGCUGCCUUGUUAUUUUUUCAUCAAUAUUAUCCAUUUUACCACUAGUAGGAUUCGGAUAUUAUGAUUUUGUACCAAGUUACGGACAUUGCUUCUUUCGCAAGCUUAACAAAGAUAUCCGUUAUGAAGCCAUGGUGGUAACUAUGUGCUAUUAUAUUCCAUCCAUCAUCAUAUGUUUAUCCUAUUAUAAAAUAUUUACCACUGCAAAAGGUCAUACCCGUGUUGUACAUUGCGAUGAAAAUUGUUGUUAUUUAGUCUGGAAUACUGGAGCUAAAAACAAAUUAACUAGAACUGUCCUUUUUGUUGUUGGUAUUUUCUUUACGUGUUGGCUAUUGUUUUUUGUUGCGGAAGCAAUGAGAUUAACCUCCUUUGAUUGUAUAUCACAUGUCAUAACAUUAUUAAGUCGCUGGCUAGUGUACACUAAUUCGGCAUUAAAUCCCAUCAUAUAUGGUACAACAAAUAAGAAAUUCCGUAGCGGUUUUAUAAAGGUGUUGACGACA